AUGUUUUUUGUUUUUUCAGCCUUAAGUCUUUGUAAACUUAGAAAGCAAAUCGUACCAAGACAAAGCAGGAAUUGGGCCAUUGUUCGAGAAGACUUACAUUUAAUUGAAGAAGAAAAGAAUUGUCCAUAUGGUGGACAUACAGCUGACUGGUGUCUACGUCAUCGUUGCGAUCCUUCUAUCUUUAAAUUAAAGCCCCGCAAGAACUGGGGCAUUGUUCGAGAGGACUUACAUUUAUCUGAAGAAGAAAAGAAUUGGGUUCCAUAUUCAGAGAGAACAUGGGAACGUCCUUGUUUCCCAGCAUAUGGUCAAGAAGAAAGCAAUUCAUGGGUUCAUUUCCGUGAAAAAUAUCUUAAGCCAACUAUGUUUUCGGCUCUCGAAAAAUUUGCAAAGCACAGGAAGGUCGAAAAAAAUAACGACUACUUGGAAGAACUUAUCAGAAGAACUAGACGAAGUUCUUGGGCUUGUACCUGA